AUGGAUUACUCCUGGGAAGCCGAGUUCUCAUCUUCUCGACAUGUUCACAACAGAGGCUCACGCAAACCCAAAUCACAAACCGCCAAUAUCUCAAAUAUCUUUGGCGUUUAUGAAAUCCAAUGCGCAAAGGCUGAAAACAUCGCUCUGGGACCAUCACUCGCAAACGGGAAGAAGCCAAAACGACAAUCUGGACCGAGACUCACUAUUCAAAGUUUCACUGCUGGUGAGCAUGGACUUGUCGGGGCUCUUCAUUUACCGGGUGUUUUAGAUGCCGAAGUACACAUGUCUGGGAGUAGGAAAAUGCUGCAAGAAAUCCUAGACGCCGAGAACGCUUCUGAUGUAGAAGAUUCAGGCUCUGGAGAAGACCUUGAUACGGAACAUGACAACCAUGAGACUGGAACUGAAAGUGCAGCAACAAGCAGCAACGCUGAUCCCCCGCAGCAUUCCGAAGAUGAAAACGACAGCCAUGGUUCUGAGAUCUCUACCCAAGAAGAUAGAGAACAGUCAAGGUUCACAAAAUUCGAGAAGAACACCUUUCGACAACCCAAGUUCUGGUUAUUUUGGAAGGGGGCUGUCCUUGUGUUGCCCGAUAACACUACCCAAGCGAGCGCGGAUAAUAUGGCAAACUCUGUGCCGAACGAGCCACAAUCUGGGAUGGGAUAUAUUGUCUUCAACGGAAACGGAUACAAGAGGUUCAAUGGUACCAUCAGCUGUGAUGUACUUGAAUGGAGAGAUGUCGCAUUUAGCGGUCGGAAGGAAUAA